UAUUGGUCCAAGAUAAAGAACAACCAAAGAGAAUAGGUUUGUUAAGUUUCAUGCUCAACAGCCCCCACCAGACAAAUAUAGUAUAAUUUUAAAAAAAAAUCCCUUAAUUUCUUAUACCUAUCCUACCCGUGGGCUCUGGAUGAAAAGAGACCAGUUACCCGGCUGGAACUUGCAGCUAUCUGAACAUCCAACCCUCCCUGCUGCUUUUGGUGAAGAGCGUUUCAUUUUAACAUUGAUUCAUUCUUCCAUCACAAAACUGCUAAAUAAUUCACUCUCUUUUCUUUCACGUGGGGAUGCGAUUAAAGAUGCAGAUAAUCCUACUUUGUCAUCCUGGCCAUUCAAACUGUCUCCGUUUAUUUUCUUCAGGUUUUGUUUGGACAUCUUUCAAACCUAUGAAGAAAAGAAACAGAAACAGCAUCCCUGUUAUUACUUCACAUUUUUAUUUCCUGCUGGUAAUAAAAAAAUACCGCAACUGCCUUGAGAAACAAAUUCUCUUUAGUUUCCUCUUCACAUUACGUAGCCACAGCCUGUCUGAGCAGCACCAGGGAUCCACAUCUCACUCGAGAACUCCCCAGAAGAAAGGCCGGCCACUCCUUGCUCUGCCACCCGCUUGAGAGUUGCCACCACAGCAGACACAGCAAGCUAACACAGGCAAACACCGUGCCGUGCCUUCAACGCGGCCCUGGACUUCUACAGCUGUUCCAACUAUUUGAAGUUAACACCUCCACACAUUAUCCCACGUUGUAAGACAGAGCGUUUCUCGGAUGCGAAGCACCGAAGCAGCUUCCAGGCGUGCUGCCGCAGAACUAAAGGACGGUUUUUUGCUAGCGAUAAGCAAAGAACAGAAGGGGACGGAAGGAAAAGCUGAGGCAGUCAGCUGCCAGGCUCGGGCCGUUGCGAUGCGCGGCGCCCAGACGGCCCGGCCCGGCCCGCUCGCUCCCUCCCACCACGACGCGCCGUGCGCCAGGCGCCCCUCGGCCCGGCCGCCGGUGAUGGCGGUCCGCGCCCGCUCAAACCGCGCGGACGGCACGCGGGGCCGCAAAGCCUUUCCGCCCGCUGCGAGUUGCGUCACCCGGUUACUUCAGGCCCUGAGAACUCAACACGCCACCUCCCGGAACGCAGCCCGUUCCAGGACGACGAGCCCCGUUCUUAUUUGAGGGAAGCACCGGGCCCUCAGAGCGCAGCCCGCCAGGCACGGCACGGCACGGCCCGCCGCCCCUUCUCUGCCCCUCGCUGCAGAGCAGAGCAGGGCAGAGCAGAGCAGAGCAGAGCAGAGCAGCCCCACCCGCCGGGCCGAAACUAGCCGCUCCGAGGCAGACCUCCAACAGCACCCCGCCGCUCCAACCCGGAACGCCCUUCUUCCUUCUCCCCUCCUUCCACCACGGUGCUCUGGGAAAUGUAGGCGGUGCGCCCCGCCUCCCGGCCGGGGAAAGAAAGGCGUGUGGGUAAGGCGGUCGUCCCGGCGCCCCGUUCUCAGCGCAGAAGAUGGCAGCGCGGGAGGCUGCGGAGGCCGGGCUGUCCGCGGAGCGGCUGCAGGAGGCCGAGGAGGAGGCGGCGAGGAACGGGGCGAGCCCCGCGGGAGGUGGCGAGGCCGCGGCGCUCAAUGGUGAAGUUGACUGUACAAAAGUGGAAAGCAACAACCUGUCUGUGAAAGUUGGUGAAUCAGAAGUAGAAACCAAAGAAGAAAGAAGAGAGCAUGAAUCCAUAAAGGAACCUGAUAGUAACAUUUUGGAUGGUUCAUCUGAUUAUCCAAGAGAGAAACAUCUUUCCAUUCAAAGACAACUUGCUGAUCUAGAGAAACUGGCUGACCUGAAUGAAGCUGAAAAGAAGCCUUGUCCCUUGUGUCCUGAAGAGAAAUUUAAAGCCUGCUAUGGCCAUAAACUUCAUCGUCACCUCCAGAAUUUGCACUGGAAAAUUUCUGUGGAAUUUGAAGGAUACAGAAUGUGUAUCUGCCACUUGCCUUGUCGUAUAGCAAAACCAAACUUCGUUGCAGAUCAGACAUUUUCAAAGAUGGGAGCACAUUACCACUGUAUCAUCUGCUCAGCAACUAUCACACGAAGAACUGAUAUGAUAGGACAUAUUAAUCGCCAUGUCAAUAAAGGAGAAACUGAAUCAAGAUUUAUUACAGCUCCCGCUCCCAAGUCAUCUUGUGAAGUGCUGAAAGAGGCAGACACAGAUGUGCAGGUUCUUCCCAACUAUUUCACACCUCAAAAGACAGACUCCUAUUUUAAUCCCAAAAUGAAGCUCAACAGGCAACUGAUAUUCUGUGCUCUGGCUGUUCUAGCUGAGGAACGUAAACCAAUAGAAUGUUUGGAUGCAUUUGGUGCUACUGGUAUAAUGGGAUUACAGUGGGCAAAGCAUCUCCGAAGUUCUGUCAAAGUUACAAUUAAUGAUUGUAAUGAGAAUUCUGUGACAAUGAUUCAGGAAAACUGCCAUUUAAACAAAAUGAAGGUGAAAGUGAACACUAAGAAAGAAGACAAUUACGAAGGUAUAGGAGAUGGAGAAGAAAAUGCUGAUACCAUUGAGGUGACAAAAAUGGACGCCAAUGUUAUAAUGCAUUUGAGAUCAUUUGAUUUUAUACAUUUGGAUCCAUUUGGAACUUCUGUAAAUUACCUGGAUUCUGCCUUCAGAAAUGUGAGGAAUCUUGGAAUUGUGUCGCUGACAUCCACAGACAUUAGUUCUCUGUAUGCAAAGGCUCAGCAUGUCGCCCUGCGUCACUACGGAUGUAACAUUGUGCGAACAGAGUACUACAAGGAGCUGGCAGCCAGGACAGUCAUUUCUGCUGUGGCAAGAUCUGCAGCUCGCUGUAACAAAGGCAUUGAAGUCUUGCUUGCAGUAGCCCUAGAACACUUUGUUCUUGUAGUCGUCAGAGUUUUAAGGGGACCAUCUCCUGCAGAUGAUUCAGCGAAGAAAAUAAGAUAUCUCAUCCACUGUCAGUGGUGUGAGGAGAGAAUUUUUCAGAAAGAAGGCAAUAUGGUUGAAGAAAAUCCUUAUCAGCAGCUGCCUUGUGAUUGUCAUGGCAGUAUGCCUGGGAGGACAGCGGUAGUUCUUGGUCCUCUCUGGUCAGGAGCUCUCUUUAAUACUGGAUUCCUCAGAAGGAUGCUGUUUGAAGCUGUCCAGUAUGGCUUAGAUGAAGUCCAGCCACUUUUGAAGACAGUGGUUUGUGAAGCUGAGUGUACAACUUCAAAGAAUUUUUCUAUCCAUAAUCCUUCUGAUGAAAACAAACAAGAAGAAUGUGGCGUAUAUAUUAAAACACCAGAUAUGCUGGCGGAGUCUGAUGUGGUGCCUGGAAAAAGAAAAAAUAAUGAAAUGAUGCGAAAUGCGACCAAGCGACAAAAAACUGACAACAGUGCUGAGCACCCUGCAUUUUACUACAAUAUUCACAGACACAGUAUUAAAGGAAUGAACAUGCCCAAGUUAAAUAAGUUCUUAAACUACCUCUCUGAAGCUGGAUACAGAGUCAGCAGAACCCACUUUGAUCCUAUGGGCGUUCGCACCAAUGCUCCCUUGGCACAGUUCAAGACUGUUCUCAUGAAGCACAGUACUCCUACGUAUGCUGGGGGGCAAACAGAAGGCCCUCUCCAUCUGACAGAAGAUGUCCAGAUGGGAGACCAGCUUCAAGCUGCUGCAGACAGCAAGGCAAAAGAUGAUGAGUUUCUGGAAGAGAAUAAAUCUGGAGACACUGCCACUAUCUUCACAGAAGACUGCCCUACUCACUGUGCAGCUGAUUAGUCCAAUCCUUUUGGGUUUAGAUGAGAACUUGCACCUACACUCUGUUUCAAGUACACCGGUACUCCUUGCAGACCUGGAAUUUGACAGUUUGAAAACCCUGCAAUUUCAAUUGGAGAGGACAUCUUAGAAUUCUAAAACUUAGCACUGAACGCAGCAGUGUGUAUGGUCAAGAUGCUUUUCCUGUGGGAAAAUUUCUAGACAGUUGGUUCUUUCACACAUCCACUUUCACACUGAGCAUUGUAGCCAGCACCAAGUCUUUGUACAGCCUUAUUCAAGCUACUGGAACAGAAUCCAGGAGAGUGGAUGGGGCCAAAAGUCGGAAGCAUUUCUGAACGUAAAUGUAGUUUGAAUCAGAUGAUCGUUCCUAAAACCUGGCCUGUUAGAACUCAAAGGGAAGUGACAUUAGGGUGAUAAAAUACAGGACAAAACGUGAUGUGAAGCCAGAAGAUGCAACUUGGUGCACUUGUAACUCCAUAUUGCUCAUGUAGUUUGGCCUUUAAUUUUGUUUCUGUAGAUCUACCUAUGGGCAAAAUCCUAACAAGUGAGAGCAGAAAGGAACCCGUACAGAGCUGUGACAUAAACUUCAGUUCCUAACUAAGCUUUAGUGAUUUGUCUGUACUCACUCUGGGUAGUUUGCUUGCUAUGAGAUUUAGUUUGGUUGUACACUAAAAAAAAAAAAAAAAAAAAGAAAAAGAAAAAAAAAAAAAGGUAUAGUGACCAGACAUCACAAUCUGAAGUACUAUUAACAAAUUCUUCUGGAACAGUUUGCUGUUAAAAGAUCUCUUCAGUGACUGAGCAGAGAUCCUAUUUGUUGGUAGUCAUUUUGGGUUUCUUUAAAUACAUGGCAACAUUCCAAUCAAA